AUGGAAGCAGAGGGCGACAGACUACAAAUGCUCCGGGCAUUCGAGGGAACCAGAGAGUACUUCACAAAGCCGGCCUUUCUCAAAUUCCGGGCCGCCUACCAAGUAGGAGUGCUCCCCCUGGCCGUGGAGCAAACGUUUGAGAAGCUGUCACUCCGCCAAUAUCAACACAUUGUACGGCCGCCAAAGACCAUCGAUCACUAUUUCGAAAAGACCAGCCACAUAUUCACCAAGAAGUUCUCUUCCCAGUUCAAGGAGAACUGCCGAGAAAUCGACCACAUUUUCGGGGAUCCGCUGGCAGACGACUUCUUCUCAUCGCGCUCUAUCUUGGAAUGGACGCAGAUUCUGGUUGCCAAUACCAUUCAUUCGAAACUACUUCCAGCUGUCGUUGAGAAUUACUCCCCCAAAGAAUCAUCGGAGUCAUUGGGCACUACCAUUGUGGUAGAAGAAUAUCACAAGCCUCCUAGCGAGGGAAGUGACGGUAAGAGCGUCACACAGCGCUCCGAGAAGAGAAGCCUAGCAAAAAGAUGCUUCCAAGAACCGAAACUAGCCGUGUCUAGGGCAUUUUCACUUCUACGUUCUACACGUUCCUAA